AUGAGUGAGACGAAUCCGUCAUGCUUCUUGUACGGCCCUGAAGACGCUCGCUUUGCGGAAAGGCCAGUCCCUCAAAUUGAAAAUCCGCAUGAUGUAAUUGUGAAGAUUGCAUACACUGGGGUUUGCGGUAGCGAUGUCCAUUUUUGGACGGAAGGCGGAUUUGCGAGAAAGGUUUCAGGGGAGCAUCCUCUGGUGAUGGGCCAUGAAGCUUCAGGUAUCAUCUACAAAGUCGGCCCAGCAGUUUCAAACCUCAAGCCUGGUGAUCGCGUGGCUAUUGAGCCGGGCUUUUCAUGCAAGAACUGCACUCACUGCAAAUCUGGACGAUACAAUCUCUGCCAGAAGAUGAAGUUCGCCGCAGAUCCGCCAUCCACUCACGGAACGCUUUCUCGAUAUUUCAAGAUCCCAGAGGAUUUCGCAUAUAAGAUUCCCGACUCCAUCAGCUUGGAAGAGGCUGUUCUCGUGGAACCUUUGAGUGUCGCUGUCCAUGGUGUUCGUCUCGCCGAUGUACGGCCUGGCCAGAGAGUCAUGGUCCAAGGAGCGGGGGCAGUGGGUUAUCUCACGGCGGCAGCAGCGUGGGCCUAUGGAGCCAAACAGGUUGUCAUCACCGAUAUCAACGCUACUAAACUUGAGUUUGCAAAGAAAGGUCUUAAAUGUCAAACGUUCAAGCCCCAGUCGAAUUCAACACCUGAACAAGAAGCGGCCAGAUUGAAACAAGAGGCUGGUCUUGAUGAAGGUGCUGACGUUGUCUUGGAAUGCACUGGAGUCGAAUCAUCAGCGCAACUUGGUAUCUUUGCCUUGGGACGCGGAGGUGUUUUUGUCCAAAUUGGACUUGGCAAAGCCAUGCAGACCUUGCCUCUCCAUGCCAUGUGCGAGAGGGAGAUGGUUAUGAAAACCUCGUUUCGAUAUGGUCCUGGGGAUUUCGAAAUUGCUCUUGAGCUUCUUGAGUCAAGAAAAGUCUUGGUUUCAUCUCUGAUCAGUAGCGUUACACCCUUCAAUCAAGCCCCGGAAGCAUGGAAGAAAACUUUGAAAGGAGAAGGAAUCAAGAAUCUGAUUCAAGGGGUCCAGGAUUGA